GGGUAGGAGCUGGGCAGAGUUUGGGAAAACUCCCUGCUGGUGUCAUCUGAGCAGAUCAUUGAAAGGUUUCUGUCCGACUAGCUGAAACUAGUUGGGAGAACACAAAGGAAAAGAUACUCUAUACACACUCAUACUCCAUUCUCACUCACCCUGAGUAGGCUGUGACCAGGAGACAGGAUGGAAUUACGAGCUUUGUGUGUCAUUGUGCUGGUGGCCAUUCUUGCUGUGAGUUCUCAGGCUGCUAAGAACAAAAAAGAAAAGGGUAAAAAAGGGGGAUCGGACUGUGCGGAAUGGAAUUGGGGUCGUUGCAUCCCUAGCAGCAAGGACUGCGGUGUCGGAACCCGGGAGGGAACAUGCAAAGAGGAGACGCGUAAACUCAAGUGCAAGAUUCCCUGCAACUGGAAGAAACCAUUUGGAGCUGACUGCAAGUACAAGUUUGAGAACUGGGGAGAAUGUAACGCUGACGCCGGGGUGAAGAGCCGAUCUGGAACCCUGAAGAAGGCUUUAUACAAUGCAGAGUGUGAGCAAACGGUGGAGGCCUCCAAGCCCUGCUCUCUCAAGUCCAAAUCCAAAGGCAAGAAAGGUAAAGGCAAGGACUAGAGAAACAGCACCUGGCACCCACAGAAUGGUCCCAUUGGGGUCUGUACCCCAAAGAAUAAUGGAAUCAUCAGCCUUUCUCCAAUAUGCACUCUCCCCGGCCCCCUCUCUCUCCACCCGUUCCCAGUUAUCCUGAUAUUUCUAUUUUUUAAUCACUAAUGUUUUUAGGAAGACAGACCGUUUAAAAGAAAAUAAAAAAAUUUGUAAAAAUAAAAAAAUCUCUCCUCACAAACUUAAACUCUCCCCAAAACCUCUGUCUCCAGUUUACACCACAGUCUCUCCUUCCAGCCUAUAUCAUCCUUUACCGACUUCUCCAGAUAUAAACUACUAUGCCCUUCUCCCUAUACAUACUGUACGUGGUUUCAUAUUUCUGUGUUUUUUAGGAAAAUUCUUGUUUCGUUUUUGGAUUUUUACUGUUUUUGUUUUUAAAUAAAUGUACAGUUUGAAUUUGUA